AGCGGUGUAACACGUUGCAAACUUGGCUCCACCCACAACGAUGUCGUCGCCGUCAGCAGCACGCGCAGAAGCUCGUCGAAAAGCCAUUCUCGGUCGGGGAAGCGACCGUCUCGCAAAACUAACGACGUCCGCGCGAGGAGAAGACGCCUCGUCUUGCAUUCAAACAGGCAUACCCGCACGAACGGGAGCCAGCACGGAUUUGGCUUCAUUCACAGGCGAAGAAACGCCCCCUCUGCCACAUGUCGACGUGUCGCGGACUUCACCAUCGCCGCCAUCUGUCUCUGGCGCUGCGGCUGCACCCGCCUCCGCAGAUCUACAAGACCCAUCCGCAUGGACGGACAACCAACAGCGACAGUUAAUGCAGGCGCUUAUGGGUGGUGGAGGUGCACCGCGUACUCCUUUCUCGUUGCCUCACCAGAGCCAACCAUCCGCGGAUGCCGACCCCAUGAACACGUUCCUGGCCCAGCUGGCACAGGCCAACCAAGCGCAAGGACAAAGUUAUGGGCCGGCAGCGGCAGCAAAGCCCCCCGUCCCACCGACGCCCCCCUCUCGUUUCCAAAACCUGGUAUCUCUGAUACACGCGCUAUGCAUGUGGUUCCUCCUCGGAUUCUUCGUGCUCUGGAAGGAACCAGGCGUAUACGCUGAGAAGACAGGUGUACAUCAAGACGAAAUACCGAUGUGGAGACGAUGGAAAAUGCUUGGAUAUCGUCGCCCUGGAGAUGAGGGUGGAUGGGGCGUGCAAUUGGUGCCGUUCUUUUGGGCACUGAUGACACUAGAAAUCAUGCUCCACACCAUCCGUGUAUUCACGGGACAUGCCCAACCCAACCCACCCAAACUGCUUGCCCUUGCAAUUCACCACCUCCCACCUCCCAUUCCAUCGUUGAUAAUGGACGCCCUGCGGUACCUCCAAUUGGGAAACUCAUUCGUGGAUGACGUCGCUAUGAUUGUGUUUGGGAUUGGCGUGAUCGUAAUGGCCGCGGGUUGGGCUGCUGCUUAGUGGUUGAUUAGGUGCUUAUGGUUUGGGUGCCUAGUGGUUGGGCUUAGUUGACUUGGUAUUUAAUGCUCGUCCAUGACAUGUAAUGACGACAAUCACGAUAUAUAAAACGCCACGAAAAUCAAGGCAAUAUGGCAGCGGCGCCCGUCCUCGGUCGAUCUGGCGCACCUAACAUCUCUUGCACCCUAGCCUCCCUUUCGCUCUCACC